AGAUCCCUUGGCUCGAAUCGGAUCGACCGGCUGGAGAUGUGGCGCGCCUCGUUGCUGGCGGUAGCUGUGGCUGCCGAUGUGGUGCACAUCCCAAUUACUCGGAAGCCCAGGACCAAGCAACAGCUGCGUCGCCUCACCGAGCGCUUCGCCGCCUUGGGCGCGGAGGAAGGCGAGCUGCCGUACGUCGCGAUCAAGGAUUUCCAGGACUCGGAGUAUUACGGGCCGGUGUCCAUCGGCACGCCAGAGCAGACCUUUACUGUGAUCUAUGACACUGGAUCUUCAGAUCUCUGGGUACCCAGCGCCAAGUGCAUCUCUGAAGCCUGUCAGAAGCACCACCGCUACGACCUCAGCAAGUCGAGCACGUACUCGCCAGACGGCCGGCGUCUGAUUUUGCCCUAUGGGUCGGGUGUGUGCGCUGGCACACUCAUCCGGGACACGGUGAAGGUGGGCGGAGUCGAACUUCAAAACACCACAGCGGGCUCCAUCGUCCUGGAACCGGGCAAGAUCUGGGUGGAGAGCCCCUUCGACGGCAUCCUGGGCUUGGCGUACCCGCAGAUCGCGCAGCCGGCGGAUCCGAAGGACCCGGUGCUGCCGCCCUUCGAUGUGAUGAUGAAGCGCAAGUUGGUGAAGCAGGGCAUGUUCUCCUUCUUCCUUUCCACCUGUAGGCCGGCCAGCGGCUCGGGUGGGUCGGACACCUGCGACGGCUCGCGGCUCACAUUGGGGGGCUACGACCAGUCUCUCUUCAGCGGCGACAUCACUUGGGUGCCCAACACCUUCUACCAGAAGUUCCUGGGCUACUGGCUGGUGAAGGCGGAUGCCCUGAAGGUCCAGGAGACCAGUUUGGCCUGCAGCACGCCGGUGCUGGGAUGCCCCAUGGUGGUAGACACCGGCACCUCCGUGAUCGCCGUGCCACCAGGGCAGUUCGCGAAGGUGAGCCAAAGCAUCGGCGCGGUGGCCAGCGAUUGCUCCAACGUGAAGACUUUGCCGGUGCUCACCUUCACCUUGGCCGGCAAGGACUUCAGCCUGGAGCCGGACUUCUACGUCCUCCGCGGCGCGGACAGCAAUGGGGCGGAAGAGUGCCAGCUGGGCAUCCAAGGUGUGUCUGUGGGAGUGCCUGGCUUGUGGAUCCUGGGUGACCCGUUUCUGCGCAAAUACUACAGCAUCUUCGACCGUGAUCAGAAUCGGGUGGGCUUUGCCACAGCAAAGCAGGCAGAGAUGGUUGUACAGGUGUGAGCUCUCUGGAAGCACUGCAGGGCUUGCUCCCUUUGCGCUAGACGAAUACGUGAGAAGAUGCUUCUGGCU